AUGAGAGUUUUACCAAAUGAAAUUGAUUUUGCUAAAUAUUUGUUAGAUGUUGGUAAUGGAGCAUUAAAUGAUCAUGAUAAUAAUAUUAAGCUUCCUCAACAAUGUAUAUUACCGCCAAAUAAAUGUAUUGUUCAAAACAUUUUCGGCAAUUUAAUAGAAGAGAAAAAAUUUGAUGAAAUUAGUCAUUGUGCAAUUUUAUCUGCCAGAAAUGCUGAUGUAGAUGAAAUUAAUAAUAGAGUCACUAAUUUGUUAGAUAAAAGUACAGAACAUAUUUACACGGGCAUAGAUAGCACUGAAAAUUGUGAUAAUGGUCAUAUGGAAGAAGUACUUUUACCAAAAUAUCUCAACACAAUGAACCCUCCUAACUUCCCUCCUCAUCGAUUGCGUUUACGAAAAUUUUGCAUAGUGAUGUUGAUCAGAAAUAUUAGUCUUGAUGAAGGAUUGUGUAAUGGAACAAAAUUACAAGUACUUGAUUUUUCUAAUCAUUUAUUAAAAUGUAAAAUAUUGACAAGCGACAAGCGCAAUAACAUUGUAUUUCUCAAUCGAAUUACGUUGUAUUGUGAAAAUCAAUAUCCACUUACGUUUAAAAGACGACAGUUUCCAAUUCGAUUGGCUUUUGCUAUAACUAUUAAUAAAUCUCAAGGACAAACUUUCGAUAAAAUUGGUAUUGAUCUUCGAAGAGAUGUUUUUAAUCAUGGUCAACUUUAUGUUGCCAUGUCUAGAGUGAGAUUGUAG